GAGGGCUGCAGCAGCAAAUGCAUGACCAACAACAACAGCUGUAUUUUAUGUGGCGAAGAAGGGCACAACUCGCUCAACAACAAGGCGUGCAAAAGAUGGCAGAAGGAGGAGAAAAUUUUAGAAGUCAUGACAAUCAAAAAAAUUUCAAAACGAGAAGCCAUGGAAGUCUAUAGCUUCAACACAAACAAUCAGUUUUCAAUUCUGGACAACUAUGACGAAGCCUUCCCACCGAUUAAGCCCAACAACACGGGGACUAUAGAUAAAGAUCGCGUAAUAAAUCGGAAGCUGACUACAACCAAAUACAGUUAUGUUACUAAAAGAGCAACCAAUGACUCAGCCACAAACACUGGUAAUCCCAAAAGCCUGAGACAAAAAAGUGAAACACAGCCGGUCUAUGAAAAUCCCAAAUGGAACAAGGUCACUGAAAUUGAAAAGUUGGUUACCCUAUUAAUUAAAAAAUUUGAAAUUGAUAGAGAAGAACCACUAGUAAAGUUGCUAGAAAACAUAUGCAAGGUUAAUAUUGACGACAGACUCAUUAUUAACACCAAUGAUGAGUGUAAAAGUCCUGCAGUACAACAUCCAAAGCCUCAAAACUAACAAAAACUAUGUAGAUUUUUUUAACAAUAAGAAUAACAUUGAUAUUGUCUGCCUUCAGGAGAUUUUUUCCCAUGACGACCAAAUCAAUGACCACAAACUCCUAAACUUCAAUAUGCUCAAAAAAACAAGAGCAGAUGGGUUCGGUGGCGUAGCCAUAGGAUUCAGGAGAGGAAUUAGAUACAGCAAAGUAAAAUAUAACACCAGACAGGACAUCAUAAUAGCUAAAACCACUAGUCUAGACAUGACAGUCACCAUAUGCAAUGUGUACUUUCCACCUAGCAUAACCACUAGAGUUUUCGAAAAAGAAAUAAAUAGAUUAGCAAUUUUUUUUAAGCAACCACGUCAAUGUCAUCCUAGUAGGAGAUUUCAAUGCUAGGCACAUGAACUGGGGAGAUAGCAUUAUAACCCCGAAGGGAAAUGCACUCAGCAGGGAACUGUCUAACACCAGCUUAAUCUGUCUUAACAACGGUACAAAAACGCAUUACUGUAGUAACAGUAACAGCAACGCUGGAUCGGUUCUAGACUUGACUUUCUCAACCAUAGCACCCAGCAAUAUUAACUGGCAGUGCCAACAGAAAAACUAGCCACAGUGGAGUUUAGUAAUUUGGAUAAUCUGCAAAAGGACAUUCAAGCAGCUAGAAAUAAAGUAAAGAUUGACCUAAACAAAUCAGGACACAAACCAAAAGCGUGGUGGAACGAGGAGCUAAACAAAUUGUACAGGUUACAACUAGCGAAAAGGAAAAAAGCGAAUACUACAAAUGCAGUGGUGGACUUCGAAAUAGCCCUGAGAGCAAAAGAAGAAUGGAAACAAGCUGUAAAGGAGGCUAAAAACAAGAAUUACAAGGAGAGGAUUGAAGAGCUAAACAAUUGUCCAAACACCAAAGACGCAUGGCGUUUCAUCAGCAAUGUUAAAGGCAACAAACACAAAAACGGUGAUUGGGCCACAGAAGACAAUUUAGAAUACCUGGAAAUGCUAAAGUCGCAAGUAAGAGCCGCAACAACAAUACAAGCAACGCAACCAGGUUUGUACCCUUCACAUCUGACACAGCAGCCAAACAUCAUGGUUAAUUUUUCGUAUGACAAUUUU